GAGGGAGGGAGGGAGGGAGAAGGAGGAGGGAAGCUUCACGAGAUCGUUCCAGCUUUCCUCCCGUCUUUUGUCCGUGAGAUUUUAAAGCUGUGGCUGACAAGAGAUUUUAUCCUUAGAUUCCUUAGCGCUUUGUUAGGAAACCGCACGCUUAUCUUCUUUUUUUCUCCUCCUCCUCCUCCUCCUCCUUUGCAUUUGCAGAAGGACAACGAGGCACCUAGUCCAGGAGACUAUGCGAAGUUGUCAACUCGAAUGAUUAGGAGAGACCUAGCGGAACAGUUGGGAUCGCGGCACUCCAAAAGGAAAAGAAAAGUGCUUCUCUUCCUCUCCGUCGCCCUCGUCCCGAUUUUUUUGUAAAACCUUCCAGGGGUGGCGGUGGAUCAAACUUGCUUCCCGAAGCAGCCGCGGAAGGGGACCGCCAGAUUCCCGGAGAGAGCAACGCGAGGGGGGAAAAAAAGCCCAAGCCUUUUUCCUCCUGCUUCCUUGCUGUUGGUGGCUGGGCUCCUUCUCCCAUGAUUUUCUGCACUUAGACCAAGCUGUGCCUUAACCAAUCAAUUCAGACCGGCCUUCCUCCACAGAUCUAAGAUCGGUCUUUCUCUCUUUCUCCUUGCUUGUCUCCCAAACGUGUUCUUUGAAGUGAGGGGAUCCUUCUCCCCUUGUACCCCUUUUCGGUGUGUCGUCAAUUCUCACAUCCCCCGUGGCAUCUCCCUGCCUUGCACCCACUCUCCCCCUGUGUGGGGCCUUCAAAACCAUGGAUGACUCGGAAGUGGAGUCGACUGCCAGUAUACUUGCCUCCGUCAAAGAGCAGGAGGCACAGUUUGAGAAGCUGACACGGGCGCUGGAGGAAGAACGGCGCCAUGUCUCUGCACAGCUGGAGCGCGUCCGUGUCUCCCCACAGGAUGCCAGCCAAACAAUGGCCAACGGCACCCUCACCCGCCGGCACCAGAACGGCCGUUUCUUGGGCAAUGCUGACUUGGAGAGACAGAAAUUCUCAGAAUUAAAGCUCAACGGACCACAGGACCAUAGUCACCUCAUAUACAGCACCAUUCCCAGGAUGCAGGAUCCAGGACAAAUUGUGGAAGAGACAUACACCAUGGAGGAGGACCCAGAAGGUGCCAUGUCAGUUGUUUCAGUAGAGACCUCAGACGACGGGACAACCCGUCGUACAGAGACCACGGUGAAAAAAGUUGUGAAGACCAUGACCACACGUACAGUGCAGCAAGUUGGCCCAGAUGGGUUACCUAUUGAUGGCUCUCCAGUUACCAACAACUACAUCCAGACCAUGGAUAGGAAUUUCAGGAAGAAUACAAAUGGUGGCCCUGGGGCCUACAUGACCCAGCCAGGCACGGCUACCCUUCCACGAAACUAUCACUACUCAGAUAGUUAUGGGCGGCCCUACGAAGAUAGCUACCAUGGCAGCGAACACAGCUACGGUAGCCUAUCCCGAGUCACCCGAAUUGAUGAGCGCUACCGACCCUCCGUGGAUGGCUACAGGGCUCCCAGCAGGCAGGAUGUCUAUGGUCCCCAACCGCAGGUGCGGGUAGGGGGAAGCAACAUGGACUUGAACCGCUUCCACGCUGAGCCUUAUGGGCUGGAGGAUGACCAACGCAGCAUGGCAUAUGAUGAGCUGGAUUAUGGUGCAGUGCCAGAAUAUGGGACAGCGAGGCGGACUGGGACACCUUCUGAUCCCCGUCAGAGACUCAGGAGUUACGAAGACAUGCUUGUGGACGACAUGGCUAGAGAUCAGUAUUACUGGUCUCCUAUGGCACAACAUGAUAGAGGCAGCCUAGCCAGUCUGGACAGCCUGCGAAAAGGAGGCCCACCUCCAGCCAAUUGGCGCCAGCCUGAGCUCCCCGAGGUGAUAGCUAUGCUGGGGUUCCGCUUGGAUGCAGUCAAGUCCAACGCUGCCGCCUACCUGCAACAUUUGUGCUACCGAAAUGACAAGGUGAAAACAGAUGUGCGCAAGCUAAAGGGUAUUCCUGUACUCGUUGGGCUACUGGACCAUCCCAAGAAAGAGGUGCACUAUGGCGCAUGUGGGGCCCUCAAGAACAUCUCCUAUGGCAGAGACCAGGACAACAAGGUUGCCAUCAAGAAUUGUGAUGGCGUCCCUGCUUUGGUGCGCCUGCUCCGAAAGGCACGUGAUAUGGACCUCACUGAAGUCAUUACAGGGACACUCUGGAAUCUAUCCUCUCAUGACUCAAUAAAAAUGGCCAUUGUGGAUAAUGCCUUACAUGCCCUCACAGAUGAGGUUAUCAUCCCACGCUCUGGAUGGGAACGAGAGCCCAGCGAAGACUCCAAGCCCCGCCAUAUAGAGUGGGAAUCAGUGCUCACCAACACCAUUGGCUGCCUUAGGAACGUCAGCUCGGAGAGGAGUGAAGCCCGUCGAAAGCUGCGGGAGUGUGAUGGGCUAGUGGAUGCACUUUUAUACAUUGUCCAAGCAGAAAUUGGCCAGAAAGAUUUAGACAGCAAGCUUGUGGAGAACUGUGUCUGCCUACUGAGGAACUUGUCCUAUCAGGUACAUCGUGAAAUCCCACAUGCCGAGCGCUAUCAGGAAGCCCCCAUCAAUGCUGCCAACAACACUGGCCCCCACGCAGCCAGUUGCUUUGGUGCCAAAAAAGGCAAAGAUGAGUGGUUCGCUAGAGGUAAAAAGCAGACAGAGGAUCCUUCUACUGAUAUAGUUGACUUCCCCAAAAGACAAACCCCUGCAAAAGGCUAUGAACUCCUCUUCCAGCCAGAAAUUGUCCGCAUUUAUAUUUCAUUGUUAAAGGAGAGCAAAACCCCAGCUAUCAUAGAAGCCUCAGCAGGAGCCCUCCAGAAUCUAUGUGCUGGUCGCUGGACGUAUGGGAGAUACAUCCGCUCUGCACUGCGCCAGGAGAAAGGUCUCUCCGCCAUUGCAGACCAUCUGACCCACGACAGCGAGCGUGUGGUGAAAGCAGCAUCCGGAGCCCUGCGCAACCUGGCAGUGGAUUCCCGUAACAAGGAGCUGAUUGGUAAACAUGCCAUUCCCAGUUUGGUGAAAAACCUUCCAGGAGGACAGCAGACACAGGCAAAGAACCUCUCUGAAGACACAGUGGUCUCUGUGCUGAAUACUAUCAAUGAAGUCAUCGCUGACAAUCUGGAAGCAGCCAAGAAACUGCGGGAGACACAAGGCAUUGAGAAACUGGUGCUCAUCAACAAAUCAGGGAACCGAUCAGAAAGAGAAGUCAGAGCUGCUGCUCUUGUGCUGCAGACCAUAUGGGGGUACAAAGAAUUGCGGAAACCCUUAGAGAAGGAAGGUUGGAAGAAAUCUGACUUCCAGGUAAAUUUGAAUAAUACCUCUAGAAGCCAGGGUGGCAACUCCUUUGAUGAUAGCACCUUGCCCCUCAUUGAUAAAAAUCAAAAAGACAAGAAAUCCUCUCGGGAAGAGAUCCAGAUGGGAAACCUGGGACCAGACUACUCUACAUUGAAUGAACGGGACCAUAAUAGGACAUUGGACCGGACUGGAGAAGAAAUGGAACCUAUGAAGGGAGCACCACUGGUGCAGGAGGAAAGGCACGAAUCCCUUGAGGAAAUUGACCAGUUGCUUUAUCCUCCUAUGCAGAAGAUCUAGAGGUGCUACCAUCUGCCUUCUCAGUUUUGGGUUCAUAACAUAUUUUAUAUAACUUUUAUGAUGAAAUGGACUGAGCUUUUUUUAAAUCUUGGGGCCAUCUAGCCAAAUGACUGGCUCUCUGAAGCCCACAGGGUCUCACAUCUCCCUGUAGAAUUUGAACUUCUGGACGUCAUAUUUCUGUUUUUUAUUCUUCAAAAAAAAAAGAGUAAUUCCUAAAGACCAAAUACUCUUGAUGGAUCUCAUUACACAACAAAGGCAGAUACUUAAAAAUACACAUUGAUGAUGCAAUCCACAGAAGCUGAUGGAAACAAUCGAAGCAAAUGGAUUUCAGCCAAACUCAAUCAUACUGGAACUUAUUUUUUAUUAAGGAGAUGUUGACUCUCUUUUUCCAAAAAGCAGAGAGAGAAGCCAUCUCCAUCUUCUCUUAGCCUAUAGAAUAUAUUUUUGUGUGUCACUCAUGUUUGCAACAAAGGAUGCUGGGAAUACUGGAACAUUCCUAGUUGGGAAGAGUUGGUGGGGGGGGGGCAAGAUGACAAAGGGGAUCAGCUUGCAAUUGCAUUUGGGUCAUCUGCCCUUCAGGAAAUGCCUCUUUUGAGACAGUAAUUUCUUUAUCCUCAGGCUGAGGACUAGAUUUGUCUCUUUUCCCUUCUCCUGUCUCUUAGUUGCUUCUUGAUGGCCUUUCUGAGAUGGAUCAACUCAGAGUUUAGGAAGCUAUUUAUUUGUGGGAGAAGAGAUGCUUAGGGCCUAGCGCUUUAAGGGAGGGAAAGAGGAUGGAGCACGUUAAAUGACAGUUGGUGGAAGGGCAUAGUCUUCAUACCUAGAAGCGUCAAUCUUGCCUCUUAUGGGAGAGGGCAGUGUGACGCGUCUGGUUUUGGGUCGCUGACUGAAGUGGUGAGUGCCCAGAUUGGGCCACAAAUUGCUGAGAGAGCUGAUGAGAUAGAAAGCUUGGUGAUGCAGGAAGUAUGAGGGAUAGAAGGCCAUUUGUAAAUAUUGCCCAAGUCCUCCCAUGCAGGCAAGGGAAUGAAACUAUGAUCGGUCACUAUUUACAUGUGCCUUUUUCUUUGCUACUGUGAAAUAGCUUGGUGCUUUGGCUAAUUUCAGGUGCAGAGGGCCAAUCCCUAGACCAUAGAGAUUUUGGCACAGAGUUCCCUCCUGCUCCCUCUCUCUUGCUGUCUCUCUCUCCCUCUCCUUCUCCCUCCCUCUCCCCCCCACCCUUUCUUGCAUUGAAAUCAGAGUCCUGCUGUGGAUGUAGUCACAAGAUUGGAGAGGGGUGAUAGAGGCAACUGCGUGGGGGAGACCAGGAACUAAUCUGUCACUGCUAAAGGCUCAAGAGUGGAGAGGAAGGAGAGAACGAACUGUUUGGUGAGGAUCACAAUGUGCACCUUAGUGGGUUGCUUCUUCAGGGAAUAAGGAAUUUAGAGUCUGUUUACAGAUCUCUGCCUUUAAUCUGCAAAAUAGCAGUAAAAUGGGCAAUUGUGAAUUACUCUGGGCACCACAUUGGUGCCGGUUGCCCUUUUAUUGUUGCGGAGGACUACGGCCUCUCUCACCCUCCCAGCUCUGCCUCCAUCAAACAACUGGAAGGAACUCGGUUGCUCUUGACUUCUCUCCACCUCCCCAUUGCACAAGAGGGAAGGUCUACAGUAGAAAAGUCUUAUUACUGCCUCUUCUUUGCCCCAGUCCAGUUUUUCUUACCUUUUUUUGGGGGGGGGGAGGGGGAAUUAAGAGAUAAAUCAAGGCCCUCUGAGGGGUUGCGCAACUUUUUCUAAUGUAAAACACUAUUUCCUUUUUUAAUCCAGAUGAACCAAAACUACCCUUCCCCACUGACCAAUUCAGUGCUGUAGAAGAAACUAAUCACUCACUGACUCUCGUUUUUUGCUUUUCCUCUGCACCCCCGGGGAAGGGGUUAUCCUGCUGUUCUUUGAGUCCUUAUUCAUUCUGCAAUGCUUUUAAAUUGAAAUGAUUUUUAUAUAAAUAAAGUUUUAAAGUGUG